GCGGGACGGAGGCUGCAGCUGCGCCAGCGGCGCGUCCGUCCUCCGGGCGGCAUGUCGGGCGCGGCGGAGCCGGAGGCGGCGGCGGUGCCGGUGUCGGCGGCGUCGCAGGAGGAGAGCGAGGACGAGAGCGAGGUGCUGGAGGAGAGUCCCUGCGGCCGCUGGCAGAAGCGCAAGGAGCAGGUCAACCAGGGCAACAUGCCUGGACUGCAGAGCACCUUCCUGGCCAUGGACACAGAGGAAGGCGUGGAGGUUGUGUGGAACGAGCUGCAGUUCACCGACAAGGCGGCCUUCAAAGCUCAUGAGGAGAAGAUCAAGACCAUGUUUGAGCAGCUGGUUGUCGUUGACCACCCCAACAUCGUGAAGGUCCACAAGUACUGGCUGGAUGUGAAGGAAAUCAAGGCCCAGGUGAUCUUCAUCACAGAGUACGUCUCCUCCGGAAGCCUGAAGCAGUUCCUCAAGAAGACCAAGAAGAACCACAAGGCUAUGAAUGCCCGGGCUUGGAAGCGCUGGUGCACUCAGAUCCUCUCGGCCCUCAGCUACCUGCACUCUUGCGACCCCCCCAUCAUCCAUGGGAAUCUCACCAGUGACACCAUCUUCAUCCAGCACAAUGGACUCAUCAAGAUUGGGUCAGUUUGGCACAGAGUCUUUGCGAAGGCCAUCCCGCCUGAGCUCCGCAGCCCCAUCCGUGCCGAGCGAGAGGAGCAGCGCAACCUGCACUUCUUCCCCCCGGAGUACGGGCACGUGGCGGAUGGGACGGCCGUGGACAUCUUCUCCUUUGGGAUGUGCGCUCUGGAGAUGGCGGUGCUGGAGAUCCAGUCCAAUGGGGACACCUACGUGUCGGAGGAGGCAAUUGAGCGGGCGAGGCAUUCUCUGGAUGACCCCAUCAUGCGGGAGUUCAUCCUGGGCUGCCUCCUCCUGAACCCGGACCGGCGUCCUUCGGCUCACAACCUCCUUUUCCACCGCGUCCUCUUUGAGGUCCACUCCCUGAAGCUCCUGGCCGCUCACUGCUUCAUCAGCAACCAGUACCUGUGGCCUGAGAAUGUGGUGGAAGAGAAAACCAAGCAGCUAGACCUCAGCAUCGUCAUGGCAGAGAUCCAGCGAGAGGGUCGCCCGCCUGUGCAGUGGAGAUACUCAGAAGUUUCCUUCCUGGAGCUGGACAAGUUCCUGGAGGAUGUGAGGAAUGGCAUUUAUCCCCUGAUGAACUUUGCUGCUACCCGCCCCCACACGCUCCCCAGAUCGACAUCCCAGCCCCCCGAGGACCCUCAGAAGGCCAAGACGCCCACGCCAGAGCCCUUUGAUGUGGAGACCAGAAAGGUGGUGCAGAUGCAGUGCGGCAUGGAGUGGAGCGAAGAGAAGAGGCAAUGGCGGCUCACGCUCCUUCUGGUCCUGGAAGACAAACUUCACCGCCAGCUGAGCUACGACCUGCUGCCAAGUGAGUGGACUCCCCAUUCCUCCAGGGCAGAUGACAAUCCCAAGGACUUGGCCAUGGAGCUUGUGCACUAUGGAUUCAUCAGCCCGGACGACUGUGACAAGCUGGCCGCCUUCCUCGAAAGCGCCUUCCGCAAGCAGCACCCUCCUCCCUCCUGAGCCAGCGUGGUCCGGGGCAGGUGGGCCCCGUUGGAGAAGGGACAGGAGCCACCUUGGGCGUGGUGGGCCGGAGGGCUCCUCUGUGCCAAGGCUGGCUUGGAGGGCAGCAGCCGGGUGGGGGAGGCACCAGGAGCCCUGAGGGUGCCCCACCGGAAGACCAGGAAGAGCUGGGCAGGGCUGAGAGUUGGCGCUGGCCAGGGCGAAUCUCAGGAACGGUUGCAUUUCCACCAGCCCCUCCCCCAUCUCCCCCUGCUGGUGGGGGUGGCAGAGGAAGUGCAGGCUUGCUCAGAGCCCCCGGUGGCCCCUCUUGCUCCGCAGCGUCCCCUUACGAUGGAGAGGGUGGCAGGCUCAGAGCCACGAGAAGGAAGCAGAGCUCCAGAGGCCUUCGCUUGGCCACCACACCCGCUGGAUUCCCCCCUCUGCUCCUGUCCGUCCCAGAUUGGGGGCACCAAGAGGGAAGUCCCAGGACCUCGUUCUUCUCGGAAGGGUCGGGAGCCAUUUGGACUGGGAAGGAGCUGGGCCCCAGGAACCCCUGCUUCAGAAGCUGCUUCUGCCGCCGCCACUUGGAGCUGCUCAGCUGUGCCCUACUGCUCUGGGCAGGCAGCGUGUGCGGAUUCUGCGCUCUUGUGAUGUAUGUUGUGUUUGCUGCUUGCAGCCUGCUGAGCUGCCUGCCUUGGGCACCUGGUGCUGGCGGUGCCAAACCUCUCCCCACCCCCCGUUGCUUUGCCAGUGCCUGUGAUGAUAGCAAUUAAUAUAUUAAAAUAUAACGAGCCUCUUGGGGAACAGUGGCCUCCUCCGUUUCUGAGAACUGGCCCUUUCCCAGCCAUUCUUCUCUGGGCAAGAGGGCCAGGAUCCUGCACAGCCUCCGCUGUUCUGCCUGCCUCCCUUGGAGCCCAGCUCGGGUGCCUGCAGCUCCAGUCAGCUGGAUGGCUUGUCCCCUGGGAAGAGGCAAAGCAGCUCCAGGAAAGGCAGACAGAGGCAGGAAGAGGGCCCUGUGGGGGACGCUCCUCUCUUCUCUGGACCAAAAAGCUGCUUGACCUGCACCCAACAUCCUGUCCCAGCACGGAACCCCCAACCCCAAUGCAUGCCCUGCUUCAGCACCAUCAGCCUGGCCGCUUGUGGGGAAGAGGGUGGGGAGCUAGCAGAAGCCGCUUCUCUGGUGCUGCCUCCAUGGUUGGGCUGCCCCCCCCCCAGCAAAUCCCAAGGCAAGAUUCAACUAGCAAGUCUUGCGAGCAGAACAGAGCCAGCAUGAGGGCUCCUUUCUCCCGCUGUGCCCACAGAAAUUGGCUGGCAGUUGCUGGGUGAUCCCCCCAAACUGCACUUGGGAGGAAGAGAGGAGACCAUCCCGCCUGGCAAGCUGAGAAGCUUGUGCUGAUGAAACAAGUGGCCCUUGUACUACGUGGAUUUCCUCAGCACAGGAAUGAUGCCUGCCAGCGCCCUGGUCCUUGGCGAGCAAGGGGGGCCUUGCUUGCUGCUGCUCUUUGAUAAGCCAGCUGUGGUCCUCUCUGCAGGUGGGCUUGCUCAGGUGAAUUAUGUCAUUCUAUUCUUCCACCCCCACUGCCCUUAGGCUUCCCUUGUCAAAUAGCCAAAGCCCUAUUUCCAUCAAGACAGCUGGGCUAAAUGAGCCUCAGAGCCUGCUGGUGUCCUUGCUCAAAGUCGGUCACCCAGCGCAGUCCAUCCCUUGCUGGGAGUGCAGAUGCAGGCCUGCUGCUGUGCUGUAAGAGGCUGAAAGGCUUUUCGGUAGUAAGAUGCACAUUCCAAAGGACACCCACGAGGUCCAGAGAGGAAGAUCCAGAAGUGGGCCCAGGGGGCAGGCAUGCCAUGUGCCCCCAGCAGCCCCAGACCCUGUUUUCUUUCUAUUUCUAUUUUGAAAAAAGUAAGUCUCCAGUCCUCCUGGGAAUAAAGUUAAGCAGCAAGACGUGCAGGUUCCCCUUCUACACACUGUCUGUGAGAAGAGUCAAUCUGGCUGCUGCUGCCUUUCAAGGUUUUUAGCCAGUGAGUGAAGUCAGAGCUGUGAAUGAUGAGUGAGUUGUUUAGGACCCCAGAGCUUCCUAUUGCCUGGUGUCUUAAAGAACUGCUGUUUCCCCCACUCCUUUAGCACUUUUCUGGCUUGUGGUUCACUUUCUAAUCCUUAGAAACUCUGUAGUUUGCCCACCCUUUUCUCCUGGUAGUUAGGAUGCAUCUUUCCUGUGGUGUGACUUUCUGCAAAUACAGUAAGUAUGCAUGGAUGUAAAAACAACAACCACCCACCUUUGCAAAUGGCAAAAUGUGAAAGUUUUGCCAAGAGGCUUAGGUACGUCUAUAGCUGACAGUGGUAUACAUGUCUACUAAGAAGCCCAUUUGUGAUAAAAAGGGCUUACCCCAUGGCUUUGGUUUAGGGCUGGCAGUGAGGGAACGCAGGCUCCUUGUGCCUUUCACAACUGUGUGGCAGACAGAAGUUCUAGAAGUUAAGCCUUUUCAGUUAUGGAAAUACAAUGUUUCACUUGUUCACAAUCUGUGUCCCAAGACAUUUUAUUACGUGUGUUUGCACUGAUUCUUAAUUAAUUAAUUUCAUAAAACUUAAGCAUUA